GGCUAUUAUUGGAACGGUGAAAAGAUUUGCUGCGAUGAAUAUGAAUUUCGUUAAAAAGAACCAGAUAUCCACACCUCAACCUAAAGUAAUUUUAUUUUCGAUUGUGAUUUGUAAUCUCAUAAUUUUCACUUUAACACCUCUGAAUCAGUUGAAACAUCCCCUUAGAGCCCACACUGUUGGCAGCACACUGUUUCUGGUAUUCCUUGUCAACGUGAUUGGAUCAUCAUAAAGGAUUUAGAGUCAUCAGUCAGGUGUAAGCUGGUACCCUGCCUGCUUUACCACAUUGAAGACGAAUUGUCUAUUGUUUGUGGAAGAUGCUUAUAAAACGUCUCUUUUCAUCUUCACAUGCCUUUUCCUCGUCCUCCGCUUCUUUGAAUUUGCUUAAAAUCGGAAGCGUUUUGAAGCAAGCUAGGACAUUUACAGAUGAUGAUGUUCUUGGGUAUUCUAAACUGACCCAUGACGCCAAUCCAUUGCACUUUGAUGCUGAAUGCGCCAAGAAUGCUGGUUUCAGUGACUGCCUUGUUCCUGGGAUGCUUGUUGCUUCCUUAUUUCCCAGGAUUAUUGCUGCCCAUUUUCCAGGAGCUAUAUAUGUUUCACAAACCUUGCACUUCAAAUUACCUGUUUAUAUAGGAGACGAGAUCAUUGCUGAGGUACAGGCAGUAAGCAUCAGACAAAUCAAAAACAAGUACAUCGCAAAACUGUCAACAAAAUGUAUCAAAUGCGAUGGUCCUCUGGUUAUAGAUGGUGAAGCAACAGCAAUGUUACCAUCUCUGGUCAUGGAACCACCAAACUUGGCAGUUACUUCCAGCUAAUCGGUAACAUCUUUGCUUGUCAGCUAAAACAUUCUAGAGCUGCACGAGCUUCUCUUAAGAGAAAUACGAAGGGAAUAUCCCUGACUAUUGCCAAUCCUGGAUCAUUUGCAUCGACAAGUUCUACAGCAUAGAUGUCAUUCAGUUCAAAGUCUUCAAGUUUUCGUAGUAAUUAGCAAAUGCUCAUACUUUGUUCUUACUGAUCGAUGUUACAUUUGACUCUGGUACUUGCUGCCCAACAAUGUCCUUGCACUAAAACUUUGUCAUUUGACCGUGAAAGCUUUGAGGUGUAAAAUCUUUAUGGAGUCUUGAAUUUCAAUUCCUUUUGACUCCAUUAAUAGAGAUAUAUUCUGCAUAAUCGUUACUUAA